AUGCCUCUUUUUAAGCGAAAAUCGUCUCGAAAGUUAAUCGACGAGAAAAUAUCACUCGUUGAUUAUACAGAUAUUAAUUUUGGUGUAGAAAAAAAAUCUCUGACUUGUAAUUUUAGCGAACUUCCUCAUUGGUUGCAAGACAACGUUGAUAUUCUUACUG